AUGCUUCUCACCACGCUCUUCACCUCUUUGAUUGGUGCCAGUGUCUUAGCCCGGGCCCAGGCAAACUCGUUCACCAAUCCCAUAUUUCCCGGUUGGCAUUCUGAUCCCUCCUGCACGGGUGUUAUCACGGAGCUCAAUAACACAAACUUCUGCGUGGCAUCGACCUUCUUAGCAACACCGGGUCUCCCAGUCUACGCGAGCCAGGAUUUCGUAAAGUGGAAGCUCGUCAGCAGCGCACUCACUCGAGAGUCACAGUUGCCGGAAAUUGGGGAAUCGAGCCCAGGGCAACAGAAUGGUAUCUUCGCCCCGACCUUCCGCUACCGAAACGGCACAUUCUACGUUGUGGUCGUAUCCGUACUUGGCUUGGACCCCAACCAGACAACCGUGGGAACCAUAUACACAACAACCGACCCAUACUCGGAUGAUGCGUGGUCCGAGGCUGUCCGCUUCACGCCAGCCAGCAUCGACCCGGAUCUCUUCUGGGACGACGACGUGGACGGCCAAGUCUACAUCACGUUCGCGGGCAUCCAACAAGCCAAGAUUGAUCUUAGCACGGGGGAAGUCAGCUCGACAUACUAUAUAUGGAACGGCACUGGAGGAGUCUGGCCCGAGGGACCUCACAUCUACAAGCCAUGGAAGGGCGGAUAUUACUAUCUCCUGAUAGCAGAGGGAGGCACCGAGCUAAACCAUGCUGUUACAAUCGCGCGAGCAACCAGCGUAGAUGGACCAUAUGAAGCCUUUGACGGAAACCCGAUCCUGACCAACCGCAACACAACCGAAUACUUCCAAACCGUUGGCCAUGCAGACUUGUGGCAAGACGCGGACGGGAACUGGUGGGGUGUUGCGCUUUCGACGAGGUCCGGGCCGGAAUGGAUCAAUUAUCCAAUGGGCCGGGAGUCAGUGCUCUUCAAUGUCACUUGGGAGGAGGGCGAUUGGCCGAUCUGUCAGAAUCCCAUCCAGGGACGGAUGAACGGGUGGGACCUGCCGACUGCGUCUUGCGACAUACCCGGCGACGGUCCGUUGGUGACUGACCCAGAUGUGGUUGACUUUGAGGACUACGAAUCCAUGCCGAAGCAGUUCUUGUACUGGCGGUUCCCAAAGGCUGAGAAAUACGAGGUGUCCCCGGAAGAAAAGCCUAAUUCUCUCAAAUUGGUGCCGAGUGUGGCUAAUUUGACCGGUGGCGCGGACUUUGAACCGGCAGAUGGCAUCACAUUCGUCAGUCGACGUCAGACGUACACCGUGUUCAACUAUAGUGUCGAAGUCGAGCUCAACGCUACUGCCGCCGAGGAGGAAGUGGGAGUAACCGCUUUCCUGACCCAAUACCAGCACAUCGAUCUUGGUCUCGUUGCGCUGAACACGACGGCGGGUUUGGACUAUUACCUUAGAUUCCGUGUCACUGGAACCGGCAAUUACGACGGUCCGGCUAUCGAGACAGUCGUUAAGCCCGUCCCAGAUGCGUGGGACCAGCCCUUACGGCUCAGCGUCCAAGCUGUCAACGACACGCAUUACGCCUUGUCUGCCUCUCCGUCUGAUGGUAGCACGGACGAAGAUAUCAUAGGGUAUGCUCCAAGUACCUUGCUAAGUGGAGGAACUGGCCCCUUUACCGGCACUUUGAUUGGUGCUUAUGCCACAAAUAAUGGCGGCACAGGGAAUUCUCCAGCAUAUGUGAGCAGAUGGAGGUACCAGGGUUUGCAACAAAAGCUCGAGUAG